AGCAACUAAGCAUAGAGGCGUUACCCUUUGGCACUACAACGCUAAUCUGCGGCAACGUAAGGUUUUUUUUUCCCCUUAGUCGAUUGUUCCUUUUGUUUCCCAUCUUUUUUUUUUUUUUUUUUGCGAAUAAAAUAAAGUCGAAGCAACCCUUUGAAGGGGCCACUGCCUGAACGACGAGGAACUCCAACCGGCCGAAGGAUACCGGGCGAGCGAACGAAUUGCUCCUUCCGCCGCAGCGGGGAGGGCGACCGCUCAGGAAGUGGCACCUCUCCUAAGAGGGCAUCUGUGAACCGCUUUAAGAGGACAUCUUCGAUCUCUCCUAAGAGGGCAUCUGCGAACCGCUGUAUGCACCUCUGCUAACUGCUGUAUGCUGCCCAACCCGCCGAACCCAUAUGGAGAAGAUAGCCCUAAUACAAAAUCCCCUGGACUAUAUUCGCCUGAACAUGGAGGAGGAGGUGUUUUUAAAAUGCAAAGGAGAUAGGGAGAUCAGAGGGAAGUUGGACGCAUACGAUAACCACUUGAAUAUGAUCCUCUCCAACGCGCACGAAACGUACAAGCAGAGCGUCGUGGAGAAUGAUGAGGAGUCCGUAAAGAAAAUUGAGAGGAACCUAGACAUGGUUUUCGUCCGGGGGGACUCCAUCAUCUUAGUGUCAUCGGCGACGAAGUAG